CACUUCCGGUUUCUCCCACAAUGCAACGUUGUCAGGGACUCCAUUUUCACUUGUUUUGAUGAAGAGGUAACACCACGUUUUUAAGAUGACUGACACGGCUGUUGAAGACACGACCACCAGUAAUACAUAUAUCAUUCGACCAAACUUCCAGCACAAGUUUAGACCAGUGAUUGUGAAAGAAACCAUACAUAAUGUACUGAAUGAGCACCUCAGUGGGAAAAGUUAUGAUUCAGAGGAAACCACAGAGUGGACUCGACAGAUUUCUGAUGAUAUCAAGUUAAAAUUAAAAGAUCUGGGAUAUGACAGAUACAAAUUUGUUGUUCAGGUGGUUAUUGGAGAACAGAGGGGAGAGGGAGUCAAAAUGGGAUGUAGAUGCUUCUGGGACUCAGACACAGACAGCUAUGCUCAGGAUAUAUUUAUGAAUGAUUCUAUAUUUUGUGUGGCAGCAGCAUUUGGAUGUUUCUACUACUAAACUAUGUGAUAAAGACACUCAAAGACUUUUUCAUUGAAAAUGAUGUGAUUGUGGAUUUUAGGAUGAGCAAGGAAUAUUGAAAGUUUAUACAUUAUUAGUCUUUAAAUGUAAAAUAUUGUGAUGUCUAGUUCACAAUUUCUGUUAAAAACAGGGAAAUUAAUGAUUAUACAAUGUCAUGAUUUUCACUGUUUAAACAAUUCAUAAAUUAACUUGUACAUUGUUUAUUGAUGAAAUAUGAUUAUUAUUAAAUAUUAAAACUAUU